UUCAGUAGAUUAAUAAAACUGGCUGCAGCCAUUGACGAAGGCUAUAACGUCGAAGACUUUGAAAGCGAUGUAAGCGAUCACUAUCUCUGCGCUAUAUGUUUGAACGUGUUUAAAGAUCCAGUGCAAUGUCAACGCAAUGAACAUAUAUUUUGUCGGGUUUGUAUUACGAAGCACUUAGCGUAUUCACAAACUUGUCCGACUUGUCAGGAAGAGCUCACGAAGGAUACGCUUGACAAAGUACCACGUUUCGUGACUAAUUGUUUGUCAGAGUUGAAGAUUCGCUGCAAGUUUUUUGAGAGAGGAUGUAGCUUCAUCGAAUUAGGAAAACUUGAAAAGCACGAGAAAGACUGUCUAUAUGCUCCAGUGUUAUGCAAAUACGAAGCGUGCCGGGCGGAAGUGAACAAAUGCGAUUUAAUACACCACGAAACAGAAUUGUGCAAAUUUCGCAUUAUCAACAACGUCAAAUCUGGUGGAAUUACAAAAGCGCUUAAAAAUUGCAAUCUUAACGAAGUAACUGCUGCUGAACGAAACGUCCUCAGUGAAUCAUGCGCUUCUUCUGAAGAGAGAGAAACAUCGGCAGGUCACAGUAAACAAUAUCAUCAUCACAAUCGGCCAGUAUUUAUAGCAGAUGAUGAGCAGGCUUGCAACAUCGAUCUACGUGAUCCUGCCAUUAUUGAACGUGCGUAUGAUGAAGGUCAACGUGCAAACGAUGAAGAUGUGUUUAGUUGCAAUCCUUCUAAUCUAGCCGGUAAUGAAGAUGCGUCUAAUUACGAUUUACCUGGUCAAGCAGAUUAUGAAGAUGCAUAUGAUAACGAUCUACCAGAUCCAGUAAAUGAUGUAGAUGCAUAUGAUUACGAUGUACCAGAUCCAGCAGAUGAUGAAGAUGCAUAUGAUUACGAUGUACCAGAUCCAGCAGAUGAUGAAGAUGCAUAUGAUUACGAUGUACCAGAUCCAGCAGAUGAUGAAGAUGCAUAUGAUUACGAUGUACCAGAUCCAGCAGAUGAUGAAGAUGCAUAUGAUUACGAUGUACCAGAUCCAGCAGAUGAUGAAGAUGCAUAUGAUUACGAUGUACCAGAUCCAGCAGAUGAUGAAGAUGCAUAUGAUCACGAUGUACCAGAUCCAGCAGAUGAUGAAGAUGCAUAUGAUUACGACUACGAUCUACCUGAUCUAGCAGAUGAUGAAGGUGCACAUGAUUACGACUAUGAUUUACCUGAUCCAGCAGAUGAUGAAGGUGCGCAUGAUUACGACCACGAUUUACCUGAUCCAGCAGAUGAUGAGGAUGCAUAUGAUUACGACUACGAUCUACCUGAUCCAGCAGAUGAUGAAGAUGCACAUGAUCACGAUUACGAUCUAGCUGAUCCAGAGGAUAAUGAUGUAUAUGAUUACGAUCCACCUGAUCUAGCAGAUUAUGAAGAUGCUUUUGAUUAUGGUGACAAUGAUCCAGAGAUUGAUUACGAUGAUUACGGCUACAAUGACUGGUAUUGAUGAAAAGAGGGAUGAUACUUUACCGUUACAAACAUAACAUUACAUCUAACCUUAUACUAUUUUAAAAUUGUUUAAAUUGUUCGUGAUUUUCAGGUGAUUAUGUGAAAUACAUUAAAGAAAUAAUUUUGAAUUCUA